UUUCAGUGCAGCAAUAGUAAACAUUUGCCCAGCACAGUGUUUUUUUAUGCGGUUUUAUUUAAUGUUGAAUGAUACAAAUUUGUGAACAAUUUAUGUGUUAUGAGUGUGGCAAUAUUAUUUGCUUUAGAGUUACAAUCGCUGCGUUAAUCGCAAGACUUAAGAAUGCGUAAGACUCGUUCUCAAACUCGUACCCAGGCGGCUGAAAACGCUGCGGCAACCAAUCCACCGAACACAUCGGCGCCAAAUACCUUUGAUGCAGGCAAAUAUAAGGAAUGUGAGCAAAUGGUGCAGAUGCUCCGCGUCGUCGAGCUGCAAAAGAUCCUGUCGUUUCUAAACAUUUCCUUCGCUGGACGAAAAACCGAUUUACAAGGCCGCAUCCUUUCGUUCCUGCGUACCAAUUUAGAUUUAUUAGCCCCCAAAGUUCAGGAGGUCUACGCCCAGUCCGUGCAAGAACAAAGCGCAGCCCUGCAGUACAUCGAUCCAACCAGAAUGUACUCUCAUAUGCAGCUGCCGCCGUCUGUGCAGCCUAAUCCAGCUGGUCUUGUUGGCGGAGCACAAGCCCAGGUACCUGUGCCGGGUGCCCAAAUGUCGGUGGCUGGCAAUGCGAAUCCUGCCAAUGUGCUGCCAUUCCUCCAUGCACACAACAUUAAUGCCCAACUACCCAUCCAUCCGGAUGUGCGACUGAAAAAGUUAGCUUUCUACGAUGUACUCGGAACUCUAAUAAAGCCAUCGACUUUAGUGCCGCGAAACACACAGCGAGUCCAGGAAGUCCCCUUUUACUUCACACUAACUCCGCAACAAGCCACGGAGAUAGCUACCAAUCGGGAUAUACGAAACAGUUCCAAAGUUGAGCAUGCCAUUCAAGUACAACUAAGGUUCUGCCUGGUGGAGACAUCGUGCGAUCAGGAAGACUGUUUUCCGCCACAAGUUAAUGUUAAAGUUAAUAAUAAACUGUGUCAGUUGCCUAAUGUGAUUCCGACAAAUCGCCCCAAUGUAGAGCCCAAGCGUCCACCUCGUCCUGUGAACGUAACAUCAAAUGUGAAACUGUCACCCACAGUCACAAACACCAUCAUGGUGCAAUGGUGUCCAGACUAUACGCGCAGCUACUGUUUGGCUGUGUACCUGGUAAAGAAGCUCACAUCUGCCCAGCUCCUACAACGCAUGAAGACCAAGGGUGUUAAACCAGCAGACUACACACGAGGGCUGAUUAAAGAGAAGCUUACCGAAGAUGCUGACUGCGAAAUAGCCACUACCAUGCUGAAAGUAUCUCUCAAUUGUCCAUUGGGCAAGAUGAAGAUGCUCCUCCCAUGUCGCGCCUCCACUUGUUCGCACUUGCAGUGCUUUGACGCCAGUCUCUACCUGCAGAUGAAUGAACGCAAGCCAACCUGGAACUGCCCAGUGUGCGAUAAAUCGGCUAUCUACGACAAUCUGGUUAUAGAUGGCUAUUUUCAAGAGGUAUUAGGAUCGUCACUGCUGAAAAGCGAUGACACAGAAAUUCAAUUGCAUCAAGACGGCUCGUGGAGCACACCAGGAUUACGCAGUGAGGCACAGAUUCUGGAUACACCAUCGAAACCCCUGCAAAAGGUUGAGGUUAUUUCCGAUGAUAUAGAAAUGAUUGCCGACGAUGCACAUCCUGUAAAAAGAGAUCUAUCACCGGCGCCCGAUGAUCAGCCCACAUCGACAUCCAACAGUGAAACGGUCGAUCUAACACUGAGUGAUUCAGAUGACGAUAUGCCGCUUGCCAAGCGUCGUCCGCCUGCUAAACUAGCCGCUGCCAGCUCAUCAGCGAAUGGUAAUGGUGGCAGCGGCGGUGGCCAACGUGCCUACACGCCGCAAGAAACUGAUUACCCCGAACAGCAGGCACAACAACAACCACAACCAGAUCAACGAAUGUCCUCGACUGGGUUGGAACAGCCGAUGCCGCCCACUGCAGCUGCAGUUCAUGCCAAUGCCAGUCUGCUGGAGUCGCUGGCUGCUGCCGUGGCGGCUGCAGCUGCAGCCUCGUCUUCGGCCACAGUUACAGGGCUUAGAUAGACUCUCUGCCCAGAGAAAGUGCGGUGCAUUAAUUGAUUUGCUGUUGCCGUUGUUGUUGUUGUUGUCGUCAUCGUCCUUGGUGGUCAACCCCCUCACAUCCAUCCGACCCCCACUCACCCGUAUUGUGAUGAUAAAAUGCAAUAAACUGCAACUUUUACUGUUCUGUCGCCCGUGUUCUGUUGUCCUCUUUCCUGAGCUUGCUCCAGCCAGCCACAAGAUUAUAAUUAAAAUCAUCAUAAUUUUACACUUACGUAUAUUAUAUAUUUAAUUAAUUUACCAAGAAUAGCCCUAGCUUAAACACAUACAUCAAAUGUUAAUAUUUAAGACUUAAACACGCAAACAAAAUGUCCUAUCAACAAUGAGAAGCCUUGAGAAGGAUUGAUUUACACAUCUGCAUCUCGAUUUUUUAAGUUAAUAUAAUAAGUUAAAACUAGUUAUGGAAUUAUCUUUCUUAUCUUUAUGGGAUGGACACAUCCAACUUUUUAAUAUUUUGCUUAAAAAAAAAGGCUAGCAACAAAAACAAAGACAUUCGGUCGACUAUUAAUGUCUUUUACUGGAAAACACUCUCGGUUUUACAUUUUUUUAAUGGAGAAUACACCACAAUAGUAAUAAAACUAAAACAAAAAAUCGAA